ACGUUUGUUCGCUCUUGCCAGUCUCAGCAUCGCUCAGCUUCUGCAGGAGGCUGCAGCUCCAUCCCUCCAGGAUCUCUACCAGCAUCACUGAGCAGAUAUGAGCUGUUCAGUUCCCACUGAAGUCUCCUCACUCUCAGCUGGGAUCACUUCAUGAUUUUUUUUUUUUUAUGGAUGACAACAGCCAGCCGUAUAUAAAUGGAUUUGUCGCAACAGAACUAAUUUGAGUUCAAACACGGGAUCUGGAGAAGGGGGGAGAGAGAGAUCAGACAGAACAAGGGCGCUCCAAGUGAGGUUUUUGUGUUGUUUGUUUGUGGGAGCAGCACUUCAUUGUGCCUUGGAUAUGGGACCGUGCGUCAGCCCAGCGGGAUCCGGAUCCGGUGCUGUGGGAAGAGCAGCCUCCUAAAGCAGGAAAAAGACCCUCUUCUGGAUUUUUUUUUUCUUCUUUUCUUUGAUUGUAAUUAAUUUCUUGCGAGGUGGGGCGGCUGUGGGUUUUACGCGCCGGAAUGAUGCGUCCCAACCGCUGCUUCAUCCUGCUCCUCCUCAACGGAACCGCUUGUUUGGUGGUGAUGGGUCAAGAAGAUGACUCCUCCAACUCCAAGAGCUCUUCUGAUGCCUCCUCCAAGACGGUUGGGCUUCUGGGCGGGCAGGCUUCCAACUCGCCCCUGAGCCGAUGGAUGCAGCACAGUAAAAGUAGAGCUGCUAAUUCCACCUCCCUGGAGCUGCCUUACCGCUCCCCAGUUCCUUUCUCCAAGCAGGAGUUCUCCAAACAAGAGUUCUGGGAGAUGUUAGGCAGUGACCUGCUCAAACCUGACACCUCCAGCUCCAGGGUUAAACGCCGGCCGAUUGUUAAGACUGGCAAAUUCAAGAAGAUGUUUGGCUGGGGAGACUUCUAUUCCAACAUCAAAACAGUGAGGCUCAACUUGCUCAUCACUGGCAAGAUAGUGGAUCACGGCAAUGGCACGUUCAGUGUAUAUUUUCGUCACAACUCAACGGGCCAGGGCAACAUCUCUGUCAGCUUGGUCCCACCUGUCAAAGCAGUAGAGUUUGACCUGGAACGCCAGAGCGUAGUCUACCCCAAAGACUCCAAGAUCUUCAACUGCCGUGUGGACUAUGAGAAGGUGGAUCGAAGCAAGCGCACCUCAUUGUGCAACUUUGAUCCAUCCAAGACCUGCUUUCAGGAGCAGAUCCAGAGCCACGUGUCCUGGAUUUGCUCCAAGCCUUUUAAAGUCAUCUGUAUCUACAUUUCCUUUUACAGUACAGACUACCGUCUAGUGCAGAAGGUUUGCCCGGACUACAAUUACCAUAAUGAGAUGCCCUACCUGCCCUCAGGCUAGAGAAGACUUGAGGGGUUGGAGAGAGGAAAAAGGGGGUUGACUGAACAUGUGAAGAGGAAACCAGGGCGAAAAAUGUCGCAGUGGCAGCAAAACUCCUUGAAAACAAAACAAAACAUGUAGCCUGACUAUUGUAAGAUGUAAAAACAUAUAUGCAAACUAACGUAUGCAGUUAAGAAACAACCUGAACUGGCAGUGAAAUUCUAGCACCACCAACCAACACAUUUUUACCUCAGUCCUGUUUCUAAACUCUAACAUCUGGGCAGUAUUCCUCCAACCAAUUUAGUCAUUUCUGAAUCUUAUCUGAACGUCUUUUUAAUCGCCCUUUACAGUUUUGCUCCAUUGCAAAUUCACACAGCAGUACAAGAAUUGAAAGUGGGCUUUUAAAUGGUGCGGUAAUUCAUAAGAGAGCUGCAGACAGAUUCAGCGUUUAUGAUAAUUAUCAUGUCGUGUUUAACAUUGUGCUCUCUAAAGAUGAUUUAAACAGACCACGGGGAACAUAAAGUAUUCAUUUGCUCACAAAGUGCAGAUGAAUGUGGAGUGUAACCAACAGCACCAUUAAAGUGACACUCAGACCUUUUAAAGGACAGGCUUUUAUGAGAACUCUGUGCCGAAACAAUUCAAAAACUUUACUCCGUGUCUUCUGAUUCAAACACCCCAUCUCUAUUUUACUGACUAUAUGUUUUCACCUUUCAAAUCUAAUCCUAAUACAUACCUCAGUUAAAUUACCUCCAAAUAAAAUGAACAAAUAAAGAGAAAUUGCUUUGCAGCAUUUCAGGACCGGGGCUUAAGACAAGCUCGGUGUGAGGCAAUAGAUUGUACGCUGAGGCAGAUUUGGAACCACACUGAUGAGAGAAAUUACAAGUUGGCGGGGUGAGAGAUACAGAGAUUCAGAGAGCUCUUUUAAUUAAAGUGGAGAAGGAAAUGUGGGGUAUGCGGCGCCUUCUAUUGUCCCUUCUGUAUGAAAAAGAUUACAUUUUGUUGCCGUCAGGAUUCCUGAUUUCACGCCUUGAUAGCUUUGACUGUGUGAGGGAGAUUGCUCUCUCUCACAACAAAUACAGCACUCACCAAAGUAAACCCAGUUAUCUUGAAUAAAUGAAAAUAUUAUCAUAAUAAUUACAUAUAAUUUAAUCUCUUUUAGAUGUAAUUAAGGUUUAAACGAGAGUGCUAAAAAUGUUCCUAAAAAUCAAGUCGGUAGGAAGAAGGAUAAGAGGACUUUCAGGAGGAUUGUUUUGAUAUUUUCACAUGGAGCAAGCAGCCGCAGUUUAGCCCUCAGUUAACUGCUCUCAUUAAGAUAAAUGGCCACUAGCUGGCCCGUCUCAUGUUACUCACACAAACAAUAUCAGUGGAGAGCCGCACACAGUGAGAAAAUAAAUCAGGUUACCCAACAUUUUUUAUGCUGAAAGGUUACCAAUGUCACAUUUAUGAGGACACCAUGACUUUUUGGUUAAUUAACAACGAACAUUCGCAAGAUAGGUGUGAGGAGCCAUUUAGCAGCGGUAUCAGAUAUCCAGUUUGAUGCCAAUGUACAGUGACAUUGGUGAUAAAGCGCAGAUAUGAGCACAGUUGAAACACCAUGCUGGAGUCCCAGGUGGACUCAAACAACAGAGAAUGGCCACUGUAAAACCGUUCUGUGGGGGUGAUAGCAUUAGGCCAGGUCCUAUGUGUCACUUUGCUUAUAUAGUGUUAGCACAAAGACAAAAAAUGAGGACAUAAAAAAAACUGUUUGUACAAUUUACAACGUGGCUGUACAUUGCCUUGCAAAAAUUUUCAAACCCCUUAAAUGUUUCACAUUUUGUCACAUUACAAACACAGAUUUCAUUGUAAAUUAUUUGGAUUUUACUGGACAUGCUAGGACUGCAAGACAUUAGUAGAACGCGCUAUCUUGAUAUUGUUAAAUAUUGAGAUGACAAUUGCAAUUAAGAUACAUCUUCCUCAUGCUUUUCUUUUUUCCACUCUGUUAAAGAGAAUGGACAUAGGGGGAUGUCCGUCCACGGGGCUAUUAUUGGGAUGCAGAGCAUGAAUGCAUGGUUCUUGAACUAGUAUUGUGUCAAACAUUGCAUCCAAGUGGUCUUUAGCGAUAUCUCACAUGUUGGUAAUGCAAUGACAAUUACUUUCAAUAUAUUGACGGACCUCUUGUGAUAGACCAAUACAAAGUAAUGCAUAUUUAUGAAGUGGAAAGAAUCUUAUCCAUGGUUUUCAUAUGUUCAUCCCCCUUUAUUUGGAAACCCCUAAAUUAAAUCUGGCGCAAACAUUAUCCACUAAUUUGAGAUUAAUGUCCCUUGUGCUGAGUUUAAUCUUAGUAUAAAUGCUCUGUGAUGGCCUCAGAGUUUUUUUUAGAGAGCAUUAGUGAGCAAAAGCUUUAUAAAGAACAAGAAACACAGCAGAAAGGUCAAGAAUAAAGUUGCAGGGAAGUUUGAAGCAGUGGUGUGUCAUAAUACAAUAUUCAAGCUUAGGCUAUCUCACCACACAGUCCAUUAUCUGAAAAUGGAAGGAGUAUGGCACAACCGCAAACCAAGACAAUGAUCAUUAGUAAAACUAGGUUGUGGCAGCAUCAUGCUCUGGGGAUGUUUCUCUUGAACAAGGACGGGAACCCAGUUAGAAUUGAUAGGAAGCUAAAUACAGGGCAGUCGCUGAAGGAACCUGUCAAAUGUUCCAAAAGACUUGACACUGAGGCAGAGUUCAGCUUCCAGCAGGAAGACCCUAAACACACAGUGGCAUUUACAUUGGAAUGAUUUAGAUCAAAGUAUAGUCAUGCAUUAGAAUGGCUUCGCACAAAUCUGAAUUUGUUUUAGAAUCUGUUGCAAGAUUUUAAAAAUGCUGUUGAUAGUCUGACUGAGCUUGAGCUAUUUUGCAAAGAGGUCAUUCUUUCUUUCAUAUAAGAUAAUGUGUGAGGCUGGUAGAUACAAAGCUAGUAAGAAGUACUGACUCAGGGAGCUGAAUACAAAAGCCUGCCACAGAAUGUUAUUUGUAAAACUAAAAAAGAAUCUUGAAAACUCUGUAUGUUUGAGGAAGGAAACAUUUAUGCACUACUUUGUGUUGAUCUAUCAAACAAAACCCCCAAAAAUAAAUGGAAAUUCUAACAUGACAAAAUGUGUGAAUGCUCAAGAGGUAUGAAUAUUUUCCUCAAACAAAGACCUGCAAAUCUGCACAUCAAAGUUUUUAAUUUGCUUUUAAAGAGGAGAUAGCUCAACUUUAUCAACUUUCGUCCCCAGAGCAAAUAACAGCGGUUCACAAAUAUGUCUGCAGGGGACAGGCAGCAAAUUCACCUGCAGUCAUCAUGAAUGUUAGCUUUCUGUCUCAUGCCCGUCAUUCCUUCUGUCUUCUCUUUUUUAUGAUUGUUUUAUCUGGGCACUGGGCAUUUUAAAAAACGUUAUAUAACCCUUUGGUUGACAUGUGAAUCUGUCUGUCUUUUUCUACCAUACUGGCUUCUAUCAAGCUAAUAUUAGUGGCACAAAUCAGAAAAUAACGGCUUGGCUGCUUUCAUAUGUCAGAAGGAAUAAAUAAAUACAGAGUCUUCGUGGAGCAUACAUUAUAGGUUAGGUAGCAGCUCAAACUGAAUGCCUGGUGCCUGUUGGAAGGUCAUUUUCCUGAACUGCUGGAUUAACUACAAAAUUUCAUGUGUUUCAAAUGCAUCAACCAGCAUGAAUGAACCACAUCUAUCCUCUUUAUUUUGGUAUCCUCAUCCUCCAGCUUAUUCUGCCUCUUUCAGCCUCAAAUGUCUACAUCUUAGCCUGCUGUCUUAACAACUUUGUCUGUUUGAGUUUGACCCUCUCUUUCUCCUGAGCACACAUUCCUGAUUUGAUCUGGCUAAUCUCUAUGAGAAAACAUCAACAUAACUGAACAUCAGCAGUGAGAACUCUCCACAAUUCCCUUCUGCAUCUGUACUGCAUAAAAAAAUAUGUCUGCACACAGUCUUAAGAUGUUUUGGUUUAGGUACUUUCUCACUCCUGUUCAAAGCAUCUUACAUGUGCUCCUGCAUUCGGAGGACGUCCUGGAGAGCAUACCAACAGAGUGCUGAACACAAAUACGCCCCAGUAACCUCGAUACCCCCAUCCAUCUUGCAGAUCCCCAUCCCGCAGGGCAUCUGGAAACUCAAACCCGAUGGAAUCAAAGCUCGGAAACAUAAGCCCUCGGCAACUCUGACAAUUGAGAAAAUAAAAGGGAAAGGACACAUGUUGGGCUGCACACUGACAAGAAGCUCCGUCCUCUUUUCUUACUGAUCCUCUCAAGUAUACAGCAAUACUCUCAGCGUGAUGCCACCCUCCUUGCCUCUCUGGGGGAAGCUAGGAAACGGCUGCUGAACUGUGAUUAACAGACAGACAUGUUGCUGUGGGAUGGAAUGUGUUGUUAUAGCAGCAGCCUUACUAUUUACCCAUCUGGUGCCAAAAGACAUACGGCCUUAAAGGCUGCAAGACAGCAGUGGUCCAUUCAGAAUAGAAUAAUUACAAAAAAAAGACUGUUUAAACAUGAAUAUACAUAUAUAAAUAAUAUAUAUAUAAAUAUAUAUUAAAGCUAAGAGUCCUGAGAUAUGAAUAAAGUUGUAUUUAAAUGUG